AUGAGCCGCAAUACCGCCACCCCUACUACUCCUUUGGUUUUGCCAGCUGCUCAGGAUGGCUACACGGCCGCAUUGGUCACUUCUGUCGGGCUGGUCUGUUUAAAUUCCAUCCAAUACGGAUUCCACAUGUCAGAGCUCAAUGCUCCUGAGGAGCUCAUCAAGCAGGCGCUGGGACUCGACAGUUCACAAGUAGGCUUGCUCACUUCGAUCUUCUCCAUUGGUGGCCUGAUAGCGUCCACGUUCGCUGGUCAAAUCAGCUCCCGUCUCGGUCUAAGAUCCAGCUUUCUCGUCACAGCUGUCCAUUACACUAUAGGCUCGUAUCUGGAGUACAACGCUCAGACCUAUCUGUGGAUGCUGUUUGGGCGGUUUGUGAGUGGACUGGGUGCAGGGUGUGCUUUGGUGUUCGUUCCGCUGUACAUCAACGAAAUUGCGCCGGUUUCCUUGCGAGGCGUGCUGGGAUCAAUGAACCAGGUCAGCAUCAACUUGGGGAUUCUGCUCGCACAGGUGCUGGCCAUUCGGUGGGCUACAGAACUGAACUGGAGACUAAUUUUGGGGUCAGGAGCGGUUCUGGCAGCAUUUACGCUGCUUCUCUCGCUGCUGCUACUGGAAGAGUCUCCCAAAUGGCUCAUUCUCAAUCAGGGCAACGAAACCGGAGGCUUGCGCAUUUUGAACAAGCUCAGAGGCAACAAUACCUUACAAUGCGCGCAAGAGGUUCAAAUCUGGAAGGAAGAGAAGAGAAAACAUGCGCAGCUCAUAGAGUCUAACCCGUCGCUCAAGACACUGUCGUUCUACACUUAUCUGACAAACCCAAACUACAGAAACUCGCGCAUGGUUUCGACGGUGCUGAUGGUGGGACAGCAGCUUGCUGGAAUCAACUCAAUUGUGUUUUACGGAGUCAAGAUCCUGACAGGGCUGUUCCCAGCACAUGCUGUUGCAAUCAACUGUCUUAUCAGCCUCGGGAACAUGCUUAUCACUUUCGCCGCAUCGUUGUUUCUGGACAGAGUUGGCCGCAAACCAAUGCUACUUGCCUCAGUGGCAAUCAUGGGCGUGGCGUCCGCGUCACUCAGUCUCGGCAUUAUUUCUGGCAACUCUGCGCUCACAUUGCUCGGAGUCUUCGUUUACGUCGGCUCUUUUGCUAUUGGAUGCGGACCUAUCCCAUUUUUGAUGAUUAGCGAGUUAUCACAGGUGGAAAUCAAAGACCUGGCCCAAAGCUGGGGAACAGACUGCAACUGGAUCAGCUGCUUUGCGGUCGGCUUUCUUUUCCCUAUUCUCAACUCUUCCAUAGGAGGAUACACGUUUCUGCUGUUUGCAGCUGUCUGUGCAGGAUUCUACGCGUUUAUCUACAGGGCAGUACCCGAAACCAAGGGCAAGAGCACCUACGCCGAGGUCUGGGAUAUCCGAGGAGAUAGAUACUGA